GAAAUGAACAACCACAGUGUGAUCACAGAGUUUGUCCUCUUGGGCCUUUCUGAUGAUCCUGACCUUCAGAUUGUGAUUUCCCUCUUUCUGUUUGUCACAUAUAUUUUAAGCAUCACUGGAAACAUGACUAUCAUCACCCUAACCUUGGUGGACUCCCAUCUGCAGACCCCAAUGUAUUUCUUCCUCCGGAACUUCUCCUUCUUAGAAAUCUCCUUUACGACAGUAUGCAUCCCGAGAUUUCUGGGGGCAAUUAUCACCAGGGAUAAGACCAUUUCCUACAACAGCUGUGCAGCUCAGCUCUUUUUCUUUAUAUUUUCGGGAGUGACUGAAUUUUACCUUCUCACAGCCAUGUCCUAUGACUGCUAUGUGGCCAUCUGCAAGCCCCUGCAUUACCCAACCAUCAUGAAUAGGAAGCUCUGCACCUUGCUCGUAUUAUGUGCUUGGCUGGGGGGGUUUCUGACUGUUUUCCCUCCCCUUAUGCUUCUCCUCCAGAUGAAUUACUGUGCUUCCAAUGUUAUUGACCACUUUGCAUGUGACUACUUUCCACUCUUACAACUAUCUUGCUCAGACACAUGGCUCCUCGAAGUAAUUGGCUUUUACUUUGCUGUGGUUACUUUGCUGUUCACCUUGACAUUAAUGGCUUUGUCCUACAUGUCCAUCAUCAGGACUAUUCUGAGAAUCCCUUCUGCCAGUCAAAGGAAGAAAGCUUUCUCCACUUGUUCCUCUCACAUGAUUGUCAUUUCCAUCUCUUAUGGGAGCUGCAUCUUCAUGUAUGCCAACCCUUCAGCAAAAGAAAAGGCAUCAAUAACCAAAGGAGUGGCGAUUCUUAAUACUUCUGUGGCACCCAUGCUCAACCCCUUCAUUUACUCCCUGAGGAACCAGCAAGUAAAACAAGCCUUCAAAGACUUGCUGCAUAAAGCAUUGUUUUCUGCAAAUAAAUGA